GGCGGCGGCGGUGUGCAAGCCGGGCAAGUUUGGGAGCCGCGCGACCAGCUCUGCCAUCCAGAGCGCCGCUCAAGCCCUAGGACCACGGGGGCAGGCGGACCCACUUCCCGACGCCCCCGGGCCCGCAGCCGUCGUCUCGUGUCCUCUUGCCUGGAGGUAUUUAAGCUUCUAACAUGUCAUCGGUCAAGCCUUUGGUUUAUGCAGUUAUUCGUUUCUUGCGGGAGCAAAGUCAGAUGGAUGCAUAUACUUCGGAUGAACAAGAGAGUUUGGAAGUUGCAAUUCAGUGCUUGGAGACAGUUUUUAAGAUCAGUUCAGAAGAUACACAUCUAGCAGUUUCACAGCCUUUGACAGAAAUGUUCUCAAACUCCGUCUGUAAGAAUGACAUUCUGCCCCUUUCAAACUCAGUGCCUGAAGAUGUGGGAAAGGCCGACCAAUUGAAAGAUGAAGGCAAUAACCACAUGAAAGAGGAAAAUUACACCGCUGCAGUGGAUUGCUACACGCAGGCCAUAGAAUUGGACCCCAAUAAUGCGGUUUAUUACUGCAACAGGGCUGCUGCUCAAAGCAAAUUAAGUCACUACACGGAUGCAAUAAAGGACUGUGAGAAAGCAAUAGCAAUUGACUCAAAAUACAGCAAGGCCUAUGGAAGGAUGGGGCUGGCCCUCACCGCCAUGAAUAAGUUUGAAGAGGCAGUUACAAGCUACCAGAAGGCACUAGAUCUUGACCCUGAAAAUGAUUCCUAUAAAUCAAAUCUGAAAAUAGCGGAGCAGAAGUUGAGAGAGGUGGCUAGUCCUACAGGAACUGGGUUGAGCUUUGACAUGGCCAGCUUGAUAAAUAACCCAGCAUUUAUCACCAUGGCUGCAAGUUUGAUGCAGAACCCUCAAGUUCAACAGCUAAUGUCAGGAAUGAUGACUAAUGCCAUUGGGGGACCUGCUGCUGGAGUUGGAGGCCUAACAGACCUGUCUAGCCUUAUCCAAGCGGGACAGCAGUUUGCUCAGCAGAUACAGCAACAGAACCCUGAACUGAUAGAGCAGCUGAGAAAUCACAUCCGGAGCAGGUCAUUCAGCAGCAGCACGGAAGAACACUCCUGACUUGAUCAGCACAUUUGCCCCAGUACACAUAGUUUAUGGUUCUGACAUGUCCACCUGUAGACAAUAGCCAAAAACAGAGUAACAAAAAAACCACCCUACACAAUGUCUGAGAAUACAUUGGAGGGA